CGACAUGAUCCUCAGAUCAAGAUAGGAAAAUGGAGAACUGGUCUGAGUUGCCGUCGGAGAUCAUCCACUCUAUCUCCUUGAGAAUUGACAACCUCUUUGAUUUGAUCCACUUCCGGUCAGUAUGUUCCUUUUGGCGAUCCUCUAGUCUCCUCAAAUUUCGACCGUUGACAUCACCUAGAUAUUGUCCUUUUCCCGUUGACUCUAGCGGUUGUGGUGAUGAUUGUUAUGUCUCGAGCAACCGUGUUUACCUUGUCAAGUCUUCUUCUGAUCACAACGGUCCUCGAUAUUGGUUGUUUAAGCUACGGGAGACAGAGAAUGGAGAUAUAGUUCUAUCUAAUUUUUUCGAAAGAAGUUACUGUAGAUAUGUGAAUCCACCUUUUUCACUUGACUUGCUCAGAUGUCAAGUCAUUGAGUUAGCUCAAGAACAUGUGGCUUGUUACACUUGGUCCGACGGAUUCCAAAAUCUGUUUCAGGAGGAAGGACGCAUUGGAUUUAUGAGUUUAGACGCAGAUAACAACGAAUUUAUGGUUCUAGGGAAUUCCAUAUUCCCGGCUCCCACGGUGUAUAGGUCAAUCGAUGAGCGUUGGACUGAGCUCCAGAUCACACAUCCCGAUGCAAAUCUCGAAGGGAUAGUUUCAUAUAAAAGUAAGUUUUACGCCAUUGAUCUCACCGGGAGGACAUUAAUUGUAGAGCCAACUCUACAAGUGACUUCGUUUCAGCGGUCUAGACCGUGUGAUAAGACAAGGAAACGUUGGCUUCUAAACUCAGGGGACAAGGUCCUUCUCGUGGAGAUGUGCUCAGAGAGCCACGCCGAUUUUUCCAUACCUGAUAUCCCUGAGAAGAAGAUAUGGUUCGAAGUUUCAGAGUUAGACGUGGAGAGAAACGAUUGGAAUCAAGUGGAAGAUGUGGAUGGUCGUGUACUGUUCUUGGGGGAAUAUUGCUCCUUCUCGUGCUUGGCUACUGAGAUUCAGGGGUUUAGAGGCAACUCUAUAAUCUUUCCGGACCUGUGGGGAAGAACUAAUUCGAAUGAGCAUGAAAGCAUUCUCGUGUAUGAGUUCAAUGAGCAAGGAGUUAGGUCUGUAGAAGACAUUCCCGAGUAUAUUGAGCUGUUUCCAUCUCCCACUACUUGGGUAAUCUCAAACGCAUGAUCUUAUUACAUUCACGUACAUGAAAAUCAUUUCAAUAUUUUUUAUGUUUUAAGAAAAUUAUUGUGUGGUAACAAAAGGUUAUUUUCUAAUUACGCUUUUGAUAUUUAAUUUCAUAAUGUUAUGGAAAAAUAUAAGUUUUCAGUCCAUGGAGCAAAAAAGAAUUCCAUUGUAAUCGUAUCAGCAAGGCUUUAGAUCUUUGGGAUGAUUCAUCACAAAAAUAGUGAAUAAUUUUUUUUUCAAAAAAAAAAGUAAAUAAAUUAAUAAAAAAGACGUUGGCAUCACCAUAACACCUUUAUCUAUGGUACGAGAAUGAUAUUCUAAAACGUGAUUAGAUGCUAAUUAAGUUAAAAUAAUGGAUGGGGUUCUCAAUAUUGUAAAUACUCAUCUAAUAAUUUUCAAGAGCUCAUAUCUAAUCUAUUAAUUUAGGGAUUAUCUACUAUUUGAAGUUCUCAUUUAAAUUUUAGACUCUUUCAUAGUUGUUGCUAGAAUAUAUCAUACCUCCUAUACAAUGCAACCUACCAACUUAAAUUAAACCAAAUCUUAACCAACAUAGAUUAGUUAAACCUAACCAGUAGCACUUUUAUAAUUUUUUUGGUUAUCUCUUAAUAUAAUUAAAUCAUAUAAAACUGAACCACUCUUAAAUCAACGAGUUCCAUAUCAUUCCAGACAUAAGAGAAAAAAUAUCCUACUCAUUUACAACGUAAGCAUACAAAGACCGUGUAUGCUUAUGCUCAUUGAUCUUCCAAAAACCAAAUAAUUGUGGCAUAGACCAACAUAGGCUCAUGUUCGUAUCAUUAACUUUACUUCCAUAUAUUUACUCUUCACCUACAUCAUAUCACAACAUACACAUUUAUGCAAGAACAUGAUUUUUUUUGGAAGAUACAACCAAAUAAUGGUGGCAUAUGGUCAGUAGAUUUUUUAAAUAUGUUUUUUAUAUAUUACAUUUUACGAGACUAUGUGUAUAAGUUUUUUUUUGAAAAAAAGCAUAACUAUGUGUAUAAGUUAAAAGGUAAAAAGUGUGACAAAGCAAAUUAGUAUACUAAAAAUGAAAGAAGAUUAAAUACAAACUAAUAACAAGUACAACACAAAUUAUAACACUAUUAAAUUCUUUAUAUAUUUAAUAAAAUAUUAUAUAUAUGUCUAAUAUGUAUAUAUAUAAAUGUUACACAAAAUAAAUAUAAUAUUUUAUACACAUAUUAUAUAUACCAUAUAUUAUUAAUUGCUUUGUCAAUUUCCGCCCUUUAGGGCGGGUCCUAAUCUAGUUUGAAAGUUAUUAGAGGGAUAUCUAAUGUUCUGAGAAUCCCAUAAAUCACUUUAACUUUAAUUAACACUAAUCACUUUUAGAGAAUCCUAUCCUCAUAUCAUGGACGGAGUUGCUCACAUUUCAACACCUAAAACGAUAUGUUUGUAUAAAACAUUUUGUAGAUCAACUUGAUAUCUCCUAAUGAUACAUUGAAUUUGACUUUGUACUAUUGGAAUAUUGUUGUAAGUAAAGAAGAGAAGAGAAGAGAAGAGAGGAAUUGAUGUGUUUUAUUCCAUGAAUAAUGAUCUCUUUAUAUAUGAUACAAUAGCUUGGAGACAAAGCUUAAUUUGGAGUGGAGAACAAGUAUAUCUAGGACUUUCCAUAUGGACAUCACUACAAUAUUUAUAACACUUCCCCUUGAUGUCCAAUAUGUCGAAGUGCUUUCAAAACGCCGUAGAUGCUGCCUCGUUAAAAACCUCACCAGGAAAAUCCAAUGGGAAAAACCAUGGUUAAGGGAAAAAGAGUGCAGCGCGUAAUGACUUCCUCUCAUGUGUACAUUCGUCGAGAUCUUUGAGAUGAUGUAAUCUGACAGGUGAACUAACUUCUCGAAAGUAGCUGAGAGUACCGCCUUGAUGAAUAAAUCAGCCAAUUUGUAGGACACGAAUAUCACCGUUCUUCUGCAGUGCUUGAGUCCUCCUAUGACUUGAUCAUUUUCUUCGAUUCUCUUGCUUUCAAAGACUUUAAAUCAGCAUUAGAGUUUCAAAUACUCCUUUCUGGUGUGUAUCAUUUGUGUGUUCUUUGUUGCCUCGUUAAAACCUUUUCAUGGGAAAACCAAAUAGGAUAAAAACCAUGAUAAGAAAAAAGAGUACAACCAUACACAUUUCAAUAUUUCUUCCCCUGAAAGCAAUAUCUUCAGGAUAUGCAUUUCAAUCAAAAAAAUUUCCUUUGAAAUUAGAAUAUCAUAAUAAACUCUUUCUAUUAGAGUAUUCAAGAUCUAUGGACUUCUGGUCCAAAAUUCUCAUUUGAUAUAGUUCAUAAUUUCUUGGUCUAUUUAGACUUCAAUCCAAACAUCUUACAUACAGUCUUCUGGACAUUCGCCUCGUACAUACGAGUUAUUCAUUCAUAACUAUAAAAAUUAUAAUUAUGACUUUCUUUCUUGUCAUAUGAAAUUACAUCUUUCAGUUAUGAAAGAGAAUAAUAACUUGCUUAAAUAACUUAUGGCAAGGGACGUGUAUGGCUUUAGUUCCAAUACCUUAUGGUCUAAACAUAUCCAUAAGACUAUCCGACUUAGUAUGGCCUGUCAUAUCAAGGCGCCAAUCAUAUCAAUACAGUGUACUUUUGGUCGGAUGUGCAUAAGCCUUAAUGGUACUUAUGUAAAGCCUUUAGCAAUGCCAUAUCUAUUUGGAUUCGACCAGACAUUCUUCUGAUCACUUUCUUGGACCAUUAUGGUUCCCUUUUAUCCACUGAUAUAAUUAUAAGGGCUCGUGCUUACAUUGCAGCCCCACAAUGUAAUCUUAUUACUUAAACAUCGCAAUCCAACUUUUCUUUGAUGGCGUCUCAUGACCAUUUUUACCAUUUGCUAUAUCUUUAAACUAUGCAUAAUGAUAUUUGAUACCUCAAAACCAUAUCAUGUUUUGGGUUGGCAUAUUAUUCAUCUCUCAUGGAUGAUUGGACUGGAAUGGAACCGGAUAUGACCUUUGAUUGUAUGGUCUUUGGCAUUAGCCUUAAUGGUUCUCUUUGUCUUUCUCUGUGAUCAUCUUAUAUGUCACUUAGGGCGUGCUGAUCUCAGUCAUACACAUGUCCACGGCUAUGGUCUCUGCUGAAAGUCAUUGCAGUCUAUGUAAAAUAUAGCUUGUUUUAAGUAUGGUACUUCAUGACCAGUCAUAUAUAUGAUCAUCUUAAAAUAUUUAAGGAUCUUUUAAGAUAACAUCUCUUAUUCUAGAUGUCUAGUUUGGAACACAUAACAAUGUAAUCUUUUCAAGAUCUUUCUUCCAAACAAACAAUUUGUUAUAACUCUUCAAGAGUUUGGAUUUUAUUCAAAUCAAUGAUUCUAUUGAUUCAUAAUCUCUUGAUAAAUACAAAUGGAUGUACUGAUUAACUUCUAAUAUUUCACAUAUCCCGUAAAACAUAUUUCGAUCGAAUAGCUAGAGUUCCUGGGAACAUGAUUUUGAUAUCAUCAAUCCUUCAAGGAUUAUAUCUCUUAGGGAUUAUUAGUUUCCAAUGGGUUGUAUAGUUCAAGUUCUUCUUUUAUUGCCAGACUAGUAAGAAACUUGAAAGUAGUUGCAUAUACCAUAUGUCACUAUGUCUCUUCACAAUCAAUUUCAUAUUGAUCUUACUUUGGUGCAACCACAUUUCUAUCCCAUUUAUUUUACAUCUUCUAGUGUAUGGACUACUGGUCCAAAUACAUCUCUCUUUAACAAGAGUUUGUAUCUUUUGUCUAUUACUUCUUUAUGAUUUGACCAAUCAUUUUUGUGUCUACACUUUUCAAUAGACUUUAUUUCAUGAUCCUCUUUCUCAUUCAUCAUAUCAACUGCUACUUUGCAUGCAUAAAUAUUAUCGACGUCGAUUUUCUUAUCGGUUCCAUUUUAUUUCAUACAUGACAUAAUUUAUUGAGAUCUCUUUGUUGUCUCAGGUACCUGAAUUUCUUUCAGUCAUGUUUAAUGUCUCUUCUGGAGAUCAUUCAAAAACUCUUAUUCCUCUUGACCAUUAUUAAUGUAUGCUCCUUUUCGUUUACGAGGAUUUUUAUCUUUGGAACCAAUAUGUCUACUUCGCUUCAGGCGUAACUGGCAGUUUGAUAUUGUUCUUCUGGAACAUCAAUUCUUAUUUAGAGCAUUUAUAGCUGGUAUAUGUGACUUGGUCACACUAUAUUAGGGUCAUUAGUUGCUUCUGGCAACUGAUUUACUAAGCUAUAGAAUUAUCUUUUAGAUUUAUGAUUCACUUUUUAUUUAGUCUGAGGAUCAAUGAUAAUUCCAUUCAACUUGUUUUCUUUUCCAGCUUUUUAUUUUCUCCUCCUUAUGUUGGAAAUACUAAUUCAGUAUUUAGCAUUCAUAUCGAGCCUUAUUUAUAUCCUUCGGGGAUGACUAUAGAUGCUUAAGUAUCAAUGGAGAUUCAUAUCCAACAUAUAUUACCAACCUCAUUUGAAAACUCAUCUUAUUUUAAGCUCUGUGGUGGAGCAUCUGGAAUGUAUAUCGCCAUCCAACAUUCUUAGAUGAAAAUGGUUGGUUUCUGACCCAAUACCAAUGAUGGGGAGAAUUAAUGAUUACUUUUUGGCUUGAUGCAAAUUAAUGUUGCUCAAAAUAUUUAACACUUAUCCCAGUGAAUUUUUUUUUUAUAGUCGUCAAAGACUUAGACGUGAAUUCACCAAUAAAGAUGCAUAGUGGAUGAUCAGUCCACCAACAUCUCCUUUAUUCAUGCCAAUAACUUCAUUUGGCUGGUGAAAACCGUAUUUUCAUUUUAUCUUAUGAGCAAGAAACAUUUGUGAAAUUAUUCACAAAAUUCUUCUGGUUCUUCAAUGAAUAUUCACAUAAAUCUUUAUGUAUCAUUUCGCAUCAUCACUGAACCAAAAUGGUCUAACUGGUUCAUGCCAAGUAUUUUGUAAACUUCUGGUUUACUCUAUAUAUAUCUCCAUUACACUAAUCUUUGUGUAGUACAAUAUAUAAGAGGAUGUAGAUACUUUUUCUAAAAUGGUUUUACUGCCUUGAGAAAUAUUUUUGGAAGUGAAUUCCUCUGCUUAGUAUCUAAACAUAACUUGUCUCAAAAUUGCAUAGAUUUACUUUGAGAAAGAUUCAUCAAUCUAACUUUUAGUGUAAACAUAAUCUUCUGGAUGUUUCACUUAUUAUAAAAUAUGAGAUUCUUUAACUCUUCCCCCCGAGAUGAUAUCACUACAAGUUUAUCAAUCUCGAUUGAAUCUCAUAUUAGAAUCAACAAGAUGCCUUAUAUGGGCCAUGUACUCUUUCUUAGAUCCUUCUUACUUUUGAGACUUAUAAGAAUAUAAUACAUUAAGGAUUUUAAAUUGCAUUCUUAUAUGCAAUAAUAUUAUGUACUCUUCUGGAGCAUCAUAUAUCCUUUUCUUGAACAUUCUAUAAGAUUUAUAAUAUCUUAUAUUGUACUCACAAUAAUUUUCUUUCAUCUACAGAUGAUUGAAUCAUAUCUCUUCUUUAUUACCAUCUUUAUUUUCUCAACUUCAAUUGAGAGUAUAAGUUCUAAAAAGAAACUCUUUGGAUCUUGACUUUAUUUAUAUCCACAUUCACGUCUGCAACUACUUUUAUAUUCAUUUCCUUGAAUGGUACUAUUUAUGUGGAUUUUCUUUCUUACUAUAAAAUGUCAAAUUCUCUUCAGGAGAAUUGAUCAUAAUCAACUAGACGUGAUUUAUCAUCUUACAUCAGUAGCUCAUUGUUCUCUCAGUCUCAAAGAGACAAUAUAAACUUCAUUAAUCUCUUUUCUCAUUCAUGUGUCUCCUGGACAACAUUACUUGUAUGAAAAAUAUAUAUUUUCCAAUAUAUAUGCAUCUUUAAAAUUUCUUAAAGAAAUUUAACUCAUAAACUUAACAUCCAACAUGGUUGGGGUAAAUUUAUAGACUUCAGGUCUUGUAAUCUUUAGAUGCAAAAGAUAUAGUGAGCUUUAGGUAAUCACAUGAAUGUGAUCGUACCUUUCUUUGGAUUGUUUUCCAAAACUUAUGAUCUUUUAAAGUCAAUCAUCAUACUUAAAACCCACAUAUAAAAUGGUAUUGAAAUACAAUAAUAAAAUUAUUUCAAAUUAUAUAGAGAUAUGUAAAAUCAUAAACAUUUUGCUGUAUCAAUAAAUAAUAAUCUUAUUAUAGUAAUUAUUAUAAUGACUAGAUCUUUUUUUCAUGCUAUUUAACAAGGUAUGAGAAUAAAUUUAAUAUCAAUUUGUGUAAACUUUCAUGCAAAUUACUUUCAUCUAAUCAAGUUUGCUUUAACCUUGUAAAUAAAGCAUAAAAAUAAAAUACUUAUCUUAAAGGGAGAGUGUCUUGGUGAUCGGUGAUCCAAACAUUCAUACUCUCAUGUAGUUGUAGUCUUCUCUUUUAUAUAUAGUAAAUAAUCCUGAAAGACUUAAGAUUUGCUCAUACAAAAUAUGGCUAUGUCGUUAGUAAUUAUAAAGUAUGGCUAUUACAUGAGUAAACACUGAUAUUUAAUAUUAAAAUUAAAUAUACAAUAAAUUAAGCAAGUCAUACACGCAGGCAUAAGUAUAUAAUUACUAUAAAGAGCAUUCCAGCAUUAAGCAUAAUGAAACUGAAGCAAACGAUUUCUAAAAUCAAUGUGAAUCAUAUUUAUACGUGAUGAUUACCUAUUAACUCAAGAUCGCUAGAGCUUCGUGCUGAUAACGUGUUGUAAGUAAAGAAGAGAAGAGAAGAGAAGAGAGGAAUUGAUGUGUUUUAUUCCAUG